UUUUUUCAAAAAUAUAUAAUAACUUACCUAAGUAUGAAUUGGCUUGUAAAAUUCAUCCGAAUUUUAAACUCGGUGUAUCCACUGAUUAGAUUUUGUUAAGAUUGGCCAUAACAACUUUUUAAUCAUUCUGAAUGACACUAUAAUUCGAAAUGGCAACAAGACCAGCUCUGAAAGACGCUGUUUAUUAUAGGGUCAAGAAGGUAAAAGGGCAUAAAUGUGCGCUAGUCUGUGAAGCUGAGCCUAUAGCUAAGUACAUAAAAUCCGGCUGUUGUAUUCCUUUGAGAAGAGCAUUCAGAAAAUCACUUAUAAUCAGCCCUAGAGAUCCAAGGACCCAUUCAUAUGCGAAAUCUUUGAAUAGAAUCAAAAUAGAACAGACCAGGCACUUGGAGCAUUAUUAUUUCAUGAUACACCCAUUCAGCGAUUUUCAUUUUAUUUGGCAAACUAUGAUGAGCAUUGUACACUUCAUCAUUUUGAUAUUUUUCCCGAUAUAUUCUUUGGGUGAUGUUAAUAUCAAACGUUUGAAUGCAAGUAAUGGAAUAUUCAUUUUCAUUUUGAUAUUGGACUUAUUUUGCUGGGUGAAUAUUUUUAUGUGCUUCUUCAUUGGAUAUUAUAAAAAAAGCACUGACAAAAUAAUUUUAAAACCCCGUCAAGUAAUACUGAGAUACUUAUGCACACACUUCUUUUUCGAUUUGGUAUCUACCUUCAACUACAAUCUGCUUUUUGGUUACACAGGAUUUUGUAAACCUCUUUGGUUCACCAGAUAUCAGUGGUCAUUGAAAUUGAUUCGUCUAGUAACGAUUAGCGAACAUCUAGAUAACAUGCAGUUGAGAUUGGAAUUGCCGGAUUUCCUUUACAGAAGCGUGAAGUACGCGUUAUUCUCAAUAGUUAUUAUAUUGUGGCUGAUUUUUAUUGACUACUCCUUCGAUUACUAUUAUGAAAGGCAAAUAACUGUGAUUCCCCUGGAACACAAAUUUUUCCUAGCAGCUGAUAAUAUCCUGCGACGACUAUUCUUGGUGGAUAUCUACAAAGGCUUGUAUAAAUAUAUCAGAUCCCCGGAUUUGUAUGUUUGCUGUUUUUCACUGCAGUGUGCCAAAAUUUUCGAAAUAUGGUUGUUGGCCAAAAUAUGCCAAAUACUUGCGAGUUACACAAUGGUUACCCUAAGAUACCAGACCUUAAUACAUCAAAUCAAGGCUUAUAUUCGUUUCAAAGACCUCCCAAAGAAAAUGAGUAAAAGGAUAUACAGUUAUAUAAAUUUUCGAUUCCAAUAUUGCAUUUUCAACGAAAAAACCCUGAUGGAAAACCUCUGUUUGACACUGAAGAAACAAAUACUAUGGCAUACUUGUCAAAAUCUUGUAACGAAAGUAGAAACAUUCAAAGAACUACCACCAGCCGUUCUCAUGAAGUUGGUCACCAUGAUAAAACCCGAGAUAUAUCUGCCUAAUGAUGUGGUGGUUCAAGCAGGAGAAGUUGGAAGUGAAAUGUUUUUUAUAUACGUAGGAGUGCUGGCAGUUUUCACUGAAUCUGGUAAAGAGAUUUGUCAUUUGUCCGAUGGUAGUCACUUUGGAGAAAUAGCCAUGUUGUUGAGCGAGUUCAGAGUAGCAAGUGUAGUAGCUAUUGACUUUUGCGAGUUGUAUCGAUUGACAAAGAAGGAUUUCAACGAAGCUAUAGAGCCAUAUCCUAACGUGAAAGAAAAGAUAUUGAAAGCAGCUCAAGAACGCUAUCGAGAAACCAAGAAUAUUGGGUCUGCGAAGUCAUAAUUUUUCCAAUGUUCAAAUUUCAGAAGAGCAACCAGAGCGUUAUAAGCUCAUACUUAAUAAGGAGAAUAUUUUUGUUAUGUUUAUUAAACCAAUAAAAUAUCGAAUUUUUGUAUAA